UCAACAUCCAAGUUAGGUUUUGCUCCCCUACCUUGUGCAAGAGGCUUGAAUUCCAGUUUGACAGGAGAGGAACUAGCUACUGUACUCAAUUACAAGCCCCUGCCCUCCUCUGACCAGCUGCACCAUGGGAAGGAAGAGUAGAGUGAAGACUCAGAAGUCGGGGACAGGCGCCACGGCCGUGGUCUCUCCCAAAGAGAUGAUGAACCUAAUCUCAGAUCUCCUACAGAAAUGCAGCAGUGCUGCCCCUUCUCCAGGGAAAGAGUGGGAGGAGUAUAUCCAGAUACGAGGACUGGUGGAGAAGAUCAGGAAGAAACAGAAAGGUAUCUCUGUGAUAUUUGAGGGCAGCAGAGAGGAGUUCUUCCCGGAGCUGAUGGCGUGGGCUCAGGAGAGUGGAGCUUCCUGCGAGGGGGUUGAGAUCGCUAACUUCGCUGGCGAGGGCUUCGGCCUUAGGGCCACCAAGGACAUCAAGGCAGAGGAGCUGUUUUUGUGGAUCCCCAGGACGAUGCUGAUGACUGUGGAAUCAGCCAAGAACUCUGUCCUGGGUCCCCUGUACAGCCAGGACCGUAUUCUCCAAGCCAUGGGUAACGUGACCCUGGCCCUCCACCUGCUGUGUGAGCGGGCUGACCCCUCCUCCCCCUGGCUGCCCUACAUCAAGACCCUCCCUGGGGACUACGACACCCCUCUCUAUUACGAGGAAGAAGAGGUACACCACCUGCUGUCCACUCAGGCCAUCCAGGACGUCCUCAGCCAGUACAAGAACACUGCACGGCAGUACGCAUACUUCUACAAGGUCAUCCAGACUCAUCUGACCACCAGUAAACUGCCCUUGAAGGACGCCUUUACGUUCGACGACUACAGAUGGGCGGUUUCCUCAGUGAUGACCCGUCAGAACCAGAUCCCUACAGAAGACGGUAGCCGUGUCACCCUCGCCCUCAUCCCUCUCUGGGACAUGUGUAACCACACCAACGGCCUGAUCACCACUGGUUACAACCUGGAGGAUGACAGGUGUGAGUGUGUGGCUCUGCAGGACUACAAAGAGAAUGAACAGAUCUACAUCUUCUACGGGACGCGAUCCAACGCUGAGUUUGUAAUCCACAACGGCUUCUUCUUCCAGGAGAAUGCCCAUGACAGAGUCAAGAUCAAACUGGGGGUGUCCAAGAGUGAACGGCUGUACGCCAUGAAGGCGGAGGUGCUGGCCCGCGCUGGCAUCCCCUCGUCCAGUAUCUUUGCCCUGCACUGCAGCGAUCCUCCAAUCUCUGCCCAGCUACUAGCCUUCCUCAGAGUCUUCUGUAUGACUGAGGGUAAGACAGCCCUGAUCUUCGCACUAGCGUGCUGCGUGCCGCCGGUGUCUCGCCGUCGGCCUCGAGAUCUGAACAUCGAGCGGGCGCUCAUGUGUCGGCGCCGCGGGCUCUCGAAGUACAGGAGAGGAGAGUGCAGGAUGGGAAAAGAGAGAAAACCGGCGGGCGCCGCCCGCCGAUAUCAGAAGCGAGAUAAGUGGAGGAUAAAGAACACUAUCAACAGACAGGCAAAACGCGCCAGGAUCAACUUCCCUAUCGCUCCUGGUCAGUACGAUAACGGCAACCACACGCGCGGGCACCGGCAUCCGCGCCCCGCGACACGAAAAGAACGCUGCCGUGACCCCUGUCUAUCCCUCCGGCUCUCGACCCCCUCCUUUCCCCCGCGGCUAGGAAAUAGACAACUCCGAGGUAAAAUGAGGAAAGACUCCCCCUAG